AUGCACUGGCCGCCCGCUGCCCGCCCCGAUGAGCGCGUUGGCGGAACCCUCGUAGCGUUUUCGUCGUCCCUCGCGCCGUCUUGCCGCUCGCAUGCGGCUGUCGCCUCAUCUGUCGUUUUCGUUUAUCGUCCCGGUCUUACGCGCUCAUCAACGGCCGCCACCGUCACCGUCAUCACGCCCUCCCCCAUCCCUUCCUCGCGCUUCUCUCUAUCCAUCAUAUUGCCCGGCCGCCCGCGCCGAACCCCGCUCUUGCCCUGCCGUCGAGCGCCCGCGUACCACGCGCUCAAUGUCUUGCUGGAGGCUCAGCGGUUCAUAUUUGAGUAG